AUGUCUUCUCGACGCUCAUCACCAUUAAUGCUUGUGCGUCCAUUCCGUGUUCGUCUGUCAAUUUUAGAUCUACGAACAUCCCAGUCAUCAACUAACAAUUCAUUAUUACCAUCAUCAUCAACACAACGUCGUUCAAAUACUAGCAAUCCGCUCACACUUAAAUUAAAUGAAUUUCUUAUCGAACAAAAUAAAUACACCAACGGAAAAAAUGAUUCAAUAACAAUAUCAGAUCGUGAUACACAUGAUCGAGAAAUAAUUAAACGAUUUCUUCAUUCAAACAAUGAAAUAGAAGCAAGAAAAAUUUUAGGACAAAUGUGGAAACAAUCACGGUUUUGUGAUUUGAUGCUUGUUGUCGAUGGAAGUGAAUAUUUAGCGCAUCGAAUUGUUCUUGCUGCAUUUAGUCCAAAAUAUCGUGCACUUUUUCGUGAACGCCGUACUGAUUUUGUUACACGUACACAUCUUCGACGCACAACACAUAAAGGCCUUCAACUUGUUUUAAAUUUUUUAUAUACUGGUGAAUUAACUUUAACAUACCGUAAUGUAAAUGAUAUUCUCAUUUGUGCAAAAGAACUUGAUAUUGCAAAAAUUUUUGAAAUAUGUGAAGAAUUUUUAUCAAAAUUUGAAAAACGUCACGUAUUUCGUGUACUUGACUUGUCAAGACGUUAUGGAAUGAAAAAGGCUUUUUAUGAAUCACAUUAUUAUCUAUCAAAAAAUUUUAAUGAAUGUAUCAAUAUGAAAACUUUUCUUCAAUUACCAUAUGCAACUAUUGCCAAUAUAUUAGCGGAUGAAACAAUACAGAAUCGAGAUGAAACUAUUGUUUCAAGUCGAAUUUUAAAUUGGAUUACUUCAAAUCAUGUAGAAAAUAUUCAAGUUAUUAUGCAUUUGUUUAAAAGAAUUCGAUGGAAUAAAUUAGACUAUGAACAACAACGAGAAUGGUUAACUGCGAGUCAUGAAUUGGCUGAAAAUUCAAACUUAACAUCACUUAUUAAAGAACACAUGAUGUAA